GAGGGUAGUUGUCAGAGAUCUCAAAAUGGCGACCAACAUGUGUCGACGUCUGGGUAGAAGUCUCCUUUAUCACCCUUUAGUUCGGAGACAGCACACACGCUUUGUAUGCUUUUCACCACAGGUAGUCUUUGCUACUUUCAAGUACCUGCAGAAUCCAUUUCCUGGAAUUCACUCCUCUGAAAGAAAGCGAUAUAAUCCUAUGGGUGUUCGCACGCUCGCUGACGCAGGAACGGCAUUGACGAGAGACGAAAUUCAGACACGGGCGAUGGAUGUUUUAAAACUUUUUGAUAAAGUGGAGGCUGAAAAGGUCUCAAGUAAGAGUCACUUUGUCACUGAUCUUGGGUUGGACAGUUUGGAUGUAGUGGAAAUUGUCAUGGCACUAGAAGAUGAAUUUGGUAUUGAAAUUUCAGAUGAAGAGGCUGAAAAGGUUUUCACUGUAGAAGAUGCUGUAGAGUUCAUAUCCAAGGCACUGGAUAUACAUUAACGUGAGCAGGGUACUCAGCUUAAGCCUUCAAAUGGGAUUUCACUGUGUCUACUUAAACUGACAGCUUCUCUUGAGAAUUACCCAUCUUUUUUUCAUUAUUGUGAUUAGUGAAACUUUAAGUCAACAACUUUUUAAUAUAAUUCCUAUAUUACAGUAUUCUACCAAAUGGUGAGGAGAUUGGAUGACUGUGUGCUUUGUGAAAUUACAGUGGAAGACUCAUGUAUACUGCAUCUCAUUCAUUUUAACCCAAGUUACUUGGUGUUUGUAAGCUCUCAGUUGGAUUGGUAAAGCAAGUUUUAUGUAUGCUGCUCAGUAUUAACAAUGUGUCUUUUCUUGUCA